AUAAAAGGUACAUUAUUUAAUAAUACGUACCUGACACUGUAGAUGCAUGAUGGAAGAUCUGCGUAUUCUAGUCGUUUGUCAUCAUGCUGGAGUGGGAGACUAUAUACAAAGAAUUCAACCCAACCUGAAAUUUUAUUUUGUAUACUUAGAACGUUAUGGUAUUAUCCCAACGGACGAGGAACUCGAAGGAAUUACAGAUAUAAAUGUAUGUUUUGGAAGUCAAACUAUAUAUGAGAAGAUCAUUACUAAGUACCCCAAUAUAAAAUGGUUCCACAGCAUAACUGCAGGAAAUGAAAUACCAUUCGCAAUUUGGAGAGAACAAGGGAAACCACCACCGUUCAUCUACACAAGGAUAUACAGUUUAAUGGAUGUAACCAUACCACAGUAUAUACUCUCUUAUAUUUUAUGGAGUGAAAGAAAAAUACUUGAGCUAUACGAAAAGCAAAGGAAAAAAGAAUGGGCUUUCAGUACUGUGAUGGAUUUUAGACCUUUAGAAGAAGUAAGGGUUGGUAUAUUAGGACUUGGGUUUAUCGGAAAACCAACUGCCAAGUUGUGUAAAUCUUUGUCAAUGAAGGUGAUAGCUAUGAGUAGACGACCUGUGCCCAUAGAAAACAGAGAAUCAUAUAUCGAUGAAUACAAAUUAUUAGAGGGUUUAGAAGAUUUAUUAUCUACUUGUGAUUAUAUAGUUAAUCUGUUACCAUCUACUCAUCUCACUGUUGGAUUAUUAAACGGUGAUGUUUUAUCAGCUUGCAAAAAGAAACCAGUUUUUAUUAAUGUAGGAAGAGGUGAUAUAAUUAACGAACAUUCAAUCAUUAAUGCUUUGAGAAAUGGUUGGAUAUCAAAAGCAAUAUUAGAUGUGUUUGAAAGAGAACCACUACCGACUAAAAGCCCAUUAUGGGAGGAACCCGGUGUAUUUAUUACAUAUCAUACAGCUUAUGGUCUGUAUAGAGAGGAACAUUUUCAAAAGUUAAUCGAUGAUUUUUUAGAAAACUGUCAACGUUUUGUACAGAAGAGACCACUUGUUGGUGAAGUUGAUGUAGAAAAUGGAUAUUAAACGAAAUAAAAAAUAUAUACAAAUUUGAAAACAAGACACGGUUAUUAAAAUCAGGUGUUAUUUUCGUUUCGGCUUUAUAAUAACUUAGAAUAACAAAACAUUAAAUGGCGUGAUUAUCAAAACCUUUAGCUUUUCAAAGAUUUCGCGAAAUUUUACACAUCUGGGUUUAUAUUAUGAUUUGAAGGUUGAUAAUGAGACGAUCCAUUAAUGAAUGAAUAAAAUGGGGUUUAACGUCCUACUGUUAUGGGCUUUGGAGACGGACAUCACGGAUACCGUAUGCUAUCAGGGAAAUUUUGCCCGGACAGCGGCGCUAUAUCCUACUCUUAUAUCGAAUCCGGACUGCCAGGGCCCACCGUCCUGCACCACUGGCAAGGGGGAACCACGCCGGAAAAUCAUGAUGAACUUUCUCGGUCAUCACAGGGACCAAACACGGGACCCCAGGUUAGCGAACCAACAUCUUACUCAUUAAGUCAUUUAUUUUGAUACCUUUCCAGUAUUGUGAAUACUUUAAAGUACAAAGGUAAUUUUGAAAGAAUAAAGAGUGUAUUUUGUUCAAUCACCGCUUGUAACAUAUUUUUAAACCAAUCUAUCAAUUUCAAUGUGAUCGGUUUUG